GAAGAAGGCCCAAAUGGCGGUUGGUAAAUGAAGGAAAGGAGGAGAAUCCCAAUCCGAAUGACACAAAUGAUUUGAUUGAUUGCCCUGUAGUUGGUUCAUCUCUGAGAAGUGAGAAGGCAUCUUGGAUCUGUUCUCUGGAAGGUGGUGGUGGAUGGCAAAAAACAACAAAUACGCCUCUAUUAACUUCAACCACAUCUACGAGAAAACCACAAGCACCAACACCAGCCACCCACAUAAGAACCCUUCCUCUUCCUCAUCCUCCGCCUCCUACUCCGCCGUCUCCGCCCCCAACAAACCCCAUGGCCGAAUCCUCGUCCUAACCCGACCCACACCCAAACCCAAACCCAUCACGCCCCCCACCCCGCAGCCUCAGCCGCCGCCACCCAACCCGGUCCAGGCCCGCCCCGCACCGGGAUCGGACGCGAUCUCGCUCCGGCCCUUGGGUCGAACCGGAACCACCUCCCCCCUCUCCUCGCUCCCCGUUCCCAUCAACCCCGACAAGGACUUGCCCUCUCCGCAGCCCAAGACCAACAAGUUCGUCCCGCCGCAUCUCCGGCCCGGCUUCGUGCCCAGGGAGGAGGCGCCCGGGCCCGAAUCGCUUCGGCCCAAUGGGAGGCCCAAGUCCGGUGGCGGCCACGAGAGGAUGAGAAGGCCUGUCGCCUCGGACGCCCCGGGGAUCAUGGGCCGCGGGAGCCGGCCCAGUUCCAGUGGAUGAAUUGUUAGGAAGUUGAAUUCUUUUCCGAGGACGAAGACAAACACAUUUUGCUACAGAGAUGGGUUCUCUAUACCAAUUCAGUGCAAGUAUCCUUUGUCUCUUUGGAACUGAUAUCAAUUUUCACAAGAUGGCAUCUCAAAUCAAAUCACCGGAGACGUAAGCUGACCAGGUGGCGGAUUUUCAACGCCUAACGUCCGAAUUUAUAGCGAAAUUUGUUGUGCACGUAGAAGGCCUUGACACCCAAGUUCUUCUGCUGGUGUUUGGCCCUCUUUAACCACGUGCCAAUAGAGUGUAGAAUCUAUAUACAUAUUUUUAAUUCCUAGCUAAACUCUUUUUUUGACUGUUCUGAAAGACAUGCCUUCUGCACUUUGAGCAUAUGUUUGAGAGGAGAUCCAAUCGUUUUUAUCGUUGUAUUGUACUUGAUGCAGUUUGUUUGUUAAUUGAGCCAAGGCCCAUUCAUUCAUUAGUUACA